AUGGAUCCUCAGCGCAGAAAUGCGACGAAGGCAGGUUCGAAGGCGGGAGCCGCCACCGCCCAGGUUUCGGCGCGUGGUGCGAAUGGCGCCAAGCGGAAGCCAUCUGCAGUGGAAACCACCCGGACGAAGCCCAGCGCCUCGGGCCCCCAGGAGAGACCGCAGGUACGCGCGCGGGGUGCGCGCACCGAGAAGGUGCCUCUGAGCGCUGAGGACCGGCAGGCAGCUUUGGCCGAGGGGCCGGAGCCCCCUGCGUUCCGGGGGCCACCCGUUCCCAGGGCUGGAUCUCGCCGGGAGGGGGGCGCACGCGCCAAGAAGGCGCCUCUGUGCUCUGAGGACUCGGAGGACCGGCAGGACCGGCCGGCAGCUUUGGCCGAGAGGCCGGAGCCCCCUGCGUUCCGGGGGCCACCCCUUCCCAGGGCUGGAUCUCGCCGGGAGGGGGGCGCACGCGCCAAGAAGGCGCCUCUGAGCGCUGAGGACGCGGAGGACCGGCAGGACCGGCAGGCAGCUUUGGCCGAGGGGCCGGAGCCCCCUGCAGCCAGGAGGCCGACCCUUCCCAAGGCUGGAUCUCGCCGCGAGGGGAACGCGCGCUCCGGUGCGCAGCGGAGACCUCUGUCUAGGCCCACAGAGGUCCCCGACCACGUCCUGCUAGUCCCAGCACCUAGUCUCUGCCUGAGACAGCCGGCGCCCGGCGCCUGGAAGCCCCGGGCCGUGCUAGAGAAGUUGAAACUAAGGACCUCGGAAAUCUCAAACGCGUCAAAGGCUGUAAACAAUGUCGUGGACCACCUGCAACGAAGAUUGCAGAGCAGUCAGUCCGAGUUCAAAGGUGUCUCGCUGCUGGGCUCUGGGAGCUACUACGAGCGAGUGAAGGUUUCUGCUCCUAAUGAAUUUGAUGUUAUGUUCCAACUGGACACCCCCAGAAUUCAGCUAGAAGAAUAUCACAACAGUGGUGCUCAUUACUUUGUGAAGUUCAAAAGAAAUCCCAGAGGACACCCUCUGAAUGAGUUUUUAGAAGACGGAGUAUUAUCAGCUUCUAAGAUGCUGUCCAAGUUUAGAAAAAUCAUUAAGGAAGAAGUUAAAAACAUUGCAGAUGUCAGUGUGGAGAAGAAGAAGAAAGGGUGUCCUGCUGUAACACUUCUUAUUAGUAAACCUAAAGAAAUAUCUGUGGAUAUAAUCUUGGCUUUGAAAGUAAAGAGCAGCUGGCCAGCCAGCACCCAGGAAGGCCUGCCCAUCAGGAACUGGCUUGGAGCAAAAGUUAGGAAAAAUCUAAGACAACAGCCAUUUUACCUGGUACCGAAGUUUGCAAAGGAAGGAAAUCGUUUUCAAGAAAAUACAUGGCGGCUAUCCUUCUCUCACAUUGAAAAGAACAUUUUGGAAAAUCAUGGAAAAGCUAAAACGUGCUGUGAAUGUGAUGGGGUGAAAUGUUGCAGGAAAGAUUGUUUAAAACUAAUGAAGUAUCUUUUAGAGCAAUUGAAAGAAAAGUUUGGAAACCCAAAGGAACUGACUAAAUUCUUUUCUUACCAAUUGAAAACUGCCUUCUUUCACCUGUGUGCUGAGAACCCUGAUGACAGCGACUGGCAAUCCAAAGAGCUGGAGCUCUGCUUUGACAGAUGUGUGCAAUACUUUCUUCAGUGCCUCGAGAAAGAGUAUCUUGAGCAUUUCUUUAUUCCUGGAGUCAAUUUCUUCUCUCGAGACAAAAUUGACAGAAUAAGUAAAGAAUUCCUGUUGAAAGAAAUUGAAUAUGAAAGAAACAAUGGAUAUCCAAUCUUUGAAAAUACAUGGCGGCUAUCCUUCUCUCACAUUGAAAAGAACAUUUUGCAAAAUCAUGGAAAAGCUAAAACGUGCUGUGAAUGUGAUGGGGUGAAAUGUUGCAGGAAAGAUUGUUUAAAACUAAUGAAGUAUCUUUUAGAGCAAUUGAAAGAGAAGUUUGGAAAUCAAAAGGAACUGAGUAAAUUCUUUUCUUACCAAUUGAAAACUGCCUUCUUUCACCUGUGUGCUGAGAACCCCCAAGACAGAACAGAAGCAGGUGCUGGGAGAAAGUUUGUUCCCACUCCUCCAAACCGUGCAUUCAAACCUGGCUGGGAAGAUAUGGGAAUGCUCCUAGAGAUCAACAGCUUCCAGCUGCUGCACAUGCUGGAAUCCCCCAAGUCUCUCCGCUCCAAGGUGGAUGAAGCUGUGGCAAUUCUACAGGCUCAUCAUGCCAAGAAAGAAGCUGACCAGAGGGUGGGCGCUGUUGCUGCUGCUACCUCUUAG